AUGGGGUUCUUUAGAUCGUUGAAGUACUAUGCCAAAACCACGCUGGCAAUCACCGUGCUAUCAGGUUGUGCUGUUUACGGUGUGCUGUGCUCCAUUGUGCUGUCGCUCAUUGGGAAGCGUCAUUUGGCUCAGUGGUCCACCGCUCGUGUGUUCUACUACACCUUCUCAACGCUGUUGGGGAUUCGUAUUCGACUCAUCAAUGGUGAGAACCUGGAGAAGUUGCCUGCCAUCAUUGUGGGGAACCAUCAGUCCACGCUGGACAUUUUGAUCCUGGGCAGGAUCUUCCCAAAGGGAUGCACAGUGACUUCUAAGAAGUCACUUAAAUGGAUCCCAUUUUUGGGGUGGUUCAUGACACUCAGUGGGACGUUCUUCCUGGACCGUUCUAACAGAGAGAAAUCUGUAAAGACCUUGAACAAGGCCCUCCAGGAGCUGAAGGAGAAGAAGAGAGCGUUGUACAUCUUCCCAGAGGGAACCAGAUCCUAUGCCCAAACACCAAUGCUCCUGCCCUUUAAGAAGGGUGCGUUCCAUUUGGCUCAACAAGGUGGAAUUCCAAUCAUCCCAAUUGCUGUUUCAAACACCUCUUCAUUGAUCAACCAUAAGACGAGAACAUUCGAAACAGGUGAAAUCGUCAUCAAGGUGCUGGAUCCAUUGCCAACUGAGGACUUGAAGCCUGAAGAUGUUGGUGCGUUCUCUGAAAAGGUUAGAGAUGCAAUGCUCAAAGAAGUUGACAUUCUGGGCUACUCCAUUCCUGAUUCUCAACGCGAUGUGGAAUUGACUCAAGAGGACGAUGAAUACCAGACGAUUCCAAACACUGACGAUAACAAUGAGACUGAUGAGGCUGUAACCCCAAAAGUCGAUGAAGAGAGAACUACAUUGUUGAACAAAGCUUCAGACUCUCUCUGA